AUGAUUAAAUCAUUUUAUUGUAAUGUUUUAAUUGUAUUAUUAAUUGGAUUGAUUGGUUGUAUUUUUGCUUCACCAACAACAAUUUCAGUAACUCCAGGUAUAGUUGAAAAUUCAAAUGACCAAGUUAUUAUUAGUUGGAGUGGUAUUGUAAAACCAACAACAAAUGAUAUCGUUGCAAUUUAUUCCCCAUCAACUGCAAGUGUAACUCAUCCAUGGGGUUAUAUUAAAUUAUCACAAUCUUCAUCAUGGAAAAGUGGAUCAGGAUCAGUUUCAUUACCAUUAUUAAAUGUUAGAUCAGAUUAUAUUUUUAGAAUUUGGUCACCAGUUGUAAAUUCAUCAUCACCACAAUUAAAUAUUUUCCCAAAUGUUACAUUAACAUUAUUGGCAACAUCAACAGCAGUAACAUUUAAGAAUCCAAAUGCACCAGAUAAGUCAUAUUUAGCAUUUACAAAUAGUACAAGUGAAAUGAGAUUAAUGUGGAUUAGUGGUACUAAUGAUUCACCAAUUUGUUAUUAUUCAAGUGAUCCAAAUUCAUUAAGCAACUCUGUGACAGGUAUAACAGUGACCUAUGCAAUUAGUGAUAUGUGUGCAUCACCAGCCAACGAGACUAAUUACUUUAGAGAUCCAGGUUACAUUCAUGAUGUUGUCAUGACAGGAUUAUUACCAAAUACAACCUACUAUUAUUAUUUUGGUAGUGAAAAUGAUGGUAUGUCAGCUAUUCAAUCAUUUUUAUCACAACCAGAUAAUAGCGACCCAUCAAAUUCCGAAGCAUUUGUAAUUGGUUUUGGUGACCUUGGUACCACAUUUCCUUAUACAGCAUUGGUCGAAACUCAAUAUCCAGCAAGUGAAACAAUUGCAGCAAUUUCCCAAACCAUUAGUGCACCAUAUGGUUCAUCACCAUUUGUUAGAGCAAUGGGUAAACAAAGUAAUUCAAUCGAUAGAUUAGAUCCAAGUCAAACACCAUUUUGGAGUGUUCAUCACAUUGGCGAUAUCUCUUAUGCUAGAGGUAAAGCAUUCAUUUGGGAUUACUUUAUGGAUUCUAUGCAACCAAUCGUCUCAAAAGUACCAUACAUGGUAUCGAUUGGUAAUCAUGAAUACGAUUUCAUUGGUCAACCAUUUGCACCAUCUUGGUCAAACUAUGGUAGUGAUAGUGGUGGUGAAUGUGGUGUACCAUACAGUAAGCGUUUCCAUAUGACAGGUGCAGAGGAUUCAACUCGUAACCUUUGGUUCUCCUAUGAGAAUGGACCAAUUCAUUUCACUGUAAUGUCAGCUGAACAUGAUUUCCUUCCAGGUAGUCCACAAUUUGAAUGGUUAAAUAAUGAUUUAGCAUCAGUUGACCGUGAAAAAACUCCAUGGGUAAUCUUUAGUGGUCAUCGUCCAUUAUAUACCUCUGCAUUACCAGAGGAUUCAAUUGGUUCAAUCACAGCUCUUCGUGAAGCUAUUGAACCAUUAUUCCAAAAGUAUGAUGUUGAUAUGGCAUUAUGGGGUCAUGUUCACAUCUAUGAACGUACUUGUGGUUUCAUUGGUAAUUUCACUUGUGCUGAUAAUGAUAAUGAUGGUACCGUUCAUGUUAUCAUUGGUAUGGCUGGUAAUACUUACUCUGUACCUUGGGAAGGCUCUGAUAUUAGCUCUGGUAAUGGUCACGAAGAUGAACCAGAAUGGUCAAUCUUUAGAAGUAUCUCUUAUGGUCAUGUAAGAUUCUAUGCAAAUACAACCUCACUUUAUUUUGAAUUUGUUGGUAAUCAUAGAUCAAUUGUUCAUGACUCUUUUUGGUUAAAUAAAUAA